AUGGGUACGACGAACCCAUCGGUACCGGACGAUCUAAUUGCCAGGUUGUGUCUGGCUGCUCUACGAGCUCGCGAAUUCUCGUAUUCGCCCUAUUCGAAUUUUCGCGUAGGGGCCGCAAUCUUGACGGUUGAUGAUGAAGUGAUCACAGGAUGCAAUGUGGAAAAUGCUGCUUUUAGCCCAGGAUCUUGUGCCGAAAGGACAGCGUUUGUCAAGGCCGUCAGCGAAGGAAAAAAGGAAUUCAAGGCAUUGGCAGUAGCAACUGAUAUCGACGGAGCAUGCUCUCCUUGCGGGGUUUGCAGACAAUUUGCACGAGAGUUUUGCAGCUUGGAAAUGCCGAUAUACAUGGCACAUAGUUCAUUUUCUUCUUCCGACGAUCUGGCCACGAAAGUUACGAAGAAAACUCUAGGCGAACUUUUGCCCAUGAGCUUUGGUCCUGGAGAUCUUGAGAGGGAAGCUUGA